AUGCCGUUAACGAUAACGAUAAACUGAACGGAACAGGAAGGCAUGUUGAAGGAACGAGAGAGUUCGGAAGAUUCCCCCGCUGCCCCUGAUGAGUGUGCAGGGUGCGGGGGACGGAUUCAAGAUAGAUAUUAUCUGCUAGCAGUAGAUCGCCAAUGGCAUGGAACUUGUCUCCGGUGUUGUGAAUGUCGACUGCCACUCGACACCGAGCUCACCUGUUUCUCUCGGGAUGGCAACAUCUACUGCAAAGAAGAUUACUACAGAUUAUUCUGCGUUAAGAGAUGCGCUCGAUGCGGGAAUGGGAUCACUGCGAAUGAGCUGGUUAUGCGUGCAAGAGACCUCGUCUACCACCUCACCUGUUUCACUUGUGUCUCCUGUGGGACCCAGCUGUCUAAAGGAGAUGUCUUCGGCAUGAGAGACGGCCUGGUCUACUGUCGUCCUCACUAUGACAACGCGUGCCUCGAUGACUACUGUGAUGACGAUAUGACCAGCAUUUAUAGGUGCCAAGAUCUGCAUAGUGAGGGUGACUCCCCAUCCCAGUACUACAAUGGAGGUCCCAGUCAAAAAGGACGGCCCCGAAAGAGGAAGAUACCUCAAGGCUCCCCUGAUGACAUGCAAGUACAAACUAUGAGGAUGGCCAGCACAGCUCUUGAAAUACUUCACCGGGGUGAUCUCUCGUCAUCAAUGGAGUCAUUGGCCUACGACUCAUCAGUUGCAUCGCCUGGCAGCGUGUCCAGUCACACGCAGCGCACCAAACGAAUGCGGACCAGCUUUAAACACCACCAGUUGAGGACCAUGAAAUCCUACUUCGCAAUCAACCAAAACCCAGACGCUAAAGAUUUGAAACAGCUGGCACAGAAGACUGGACUCUCCAAACGUGUUCUGCAAGUAUGGUUCCAAAAUGCACGUGCAAAAUGGCGUCGAAACAUGAUGCGUCAAGAAUCCAGCAACGGUGGUCCAGGCCACUCCAACGGGUCCAUCAUACAAGGAUCAGUUUCGCAGCCAAAUGCUGGGCCAAGUUCCAUGUUGUUAUCAGAACCAAUGCCGCCAAUGGAAGACAUGAGGGUGCACACGCCACACCCUCAUCCAAUGACGUUUAACGAACUAUAUUGA